AUGGGUACAGUGAUAUCGAAAGUAAACAAUAUAUUGUAUGCAAAGCUUCGAGGGAUAUUUUCUGGGAAAACCGAACGGUCCAUAACAAUGAUAGGGCUUGAUGGAGCAGGAAAGACAACACUUCUGCUGUAUCUACAAACCGGAGAGGUGCAUCAGACAGUCCCAACACUCGGAUUCAACUGUGAAAAUGUUAACCUCGGAAAUAUGAAGUUCCAGGUGUGGGACAUUGGAGGGCAGAACUCUUUCAUGAGAUUCUGGCAUCAGUACAUAAAUGAUGGAUGUGGAAUCAUAUACAUGGUGGACUGUGCAGACCCACAGAGAUUUGGGAAGUCGAGUGAGGAGCUGUGGAGGAUACUGAAUAUCUUGAACACACCCAGGCCCUUGCUGGUGCUCGCAAAUAAGAUCGACCUGUUAAAAGAGCACGAGAGAAGUGAGGUGAUAAAGAGCAUCAGAAACGAGUUCAAUCUCGAGAAGUACAACGGGCCAUCACAGAUUGUUCCCAUCAGUGUCCUUCAGGCAGGGUCGAUGACAUCUGCUGAUGAUGAGAAUGGCCGGGAGAUAAUCGAUGCAUUCAAAUGGCUUAACAAGGAACUCGAGAAGAUGCCGAAAACAGAGGCUCUAUAA